CGGAGAUGGCGCGGAGUAUCGACGGCGUUGAGGGCGAAGGAGCAAUGGAGCCAGCAGGAAACUAGGGUUUUCAUAGCGAUCAGAGGGCAACUGGAAAGGGAUUUCACCGAAUCGAAGCGGAACAAGAAUCUUUGGGAGGUGGUGGUGGGGAGAAUGAGAGAGCGAGGGUAUCAGAGGAGCCCCGAUCAGUGCAAAUGCAAGUGGAAGAAUCUGGUCAAUCGAUACAAGGGUAAAGAGACAUCUGAGACAUCUGAUCCCGAUAAUGGCAAGCAUUGUCCGUUCUUCGACGAGUUGCAUGCAGUUUUUACUGAAAGAGCAAGAAACAUGCAACACCUCCUCGAGUCUGAAACAAGCACCCUCAACCACCCACAAAAGAAACUGAAGAGAUCCAGUGGAGUUAGAUUCUCUGAUGAAAUUUCUGAUGCCGACGAUGAUAAUGAAGAAAGUGAUGACGAGCAGCAUUUGACAAAGAACAGAAAAAAGAAAACUGAUAAGAUCCACAAGCCAAAGGCAGCCAACAAUAACGUACAUGAACUUCUACAAGAUUUCUUGCAGCAGCAGCAGCGGGCUGAGGCCCAAUGGAGGGAUUUGAUGGAGAGGAUGGGUCAAGAGCGGCGAAUGUUUGAGAAAGAGUGGCAACAAUCAAUGGAAAAGCUGGAGAGGGAAAGAUUCAUGCUGGAAAGAGCUUGGCAAGAGAAAGAGGAGCAAAGGAGGAUAACGGAAGAGAAUCGUGCACUGAAGAGAGAUGCGCUGUUGAACACUCUCCUUCAUAAGCUUAUACAGGAGGAUCUAUGACAGACAGAGAUAGCGAACGAAUUUAUGUGAAUGUGAAUAUUGUUUUUAUAUUGGUUGCAUAUAGGAAAGUUUUGCAUUA